AUGAAACUUGAUAAUACCAUAGUUCUUAGAAAACAAAGAUAUGUUUACGUUAUAUCGGUGACCCUGGAUGUCAACAAGGUACUGGUCAGGAAGUUGGUGUUAGUCAAGCAACGGUAUCUCGGACUGUCGAACGAAUGGAUCAAGUUUCCAACUACCAACCAUGAACUGAUGGAGGCCAAGCGGAUAUGGCAAAGCAUGUAUAAAUUUCCGACAGCAAUUGGUGUAAUCGAUUGUACACAUAUAGGAAUCCUGAAACCAAAUCGCCAUGGAGAUGAGUAUUCUCGUAUCAACCGAAAAGGGACACCUACUUUAAAUGUGCAAGCCGCUUGUGAUACCAGAGAGAUGUUCACAAGUGUUGAUGUCAGUUGGCCUGGAUCAGUGCAUGAUUCCAGAAUAUAG